GAGUACAAGUUUUGGUGUUUUCCCAAAUUCAAUUUUCCUUAUCAUUAUCGUCGUCGUGUCAAUCAAAAACCCUAAUUCGUUCCGAUUCAAUUUCAGCCUCGCAAUUUCUCUAUCCUCCCCAUCUCGAUUCCCUCCGCUUUCUCUCUCCUAAUUCCGACAACCAUCUCCGGCACCGCCUGAUCAAUCAAUCCAUCUGCUCAUUUAUCGAUUUCAGAUAAACAUCUUUCACCAGGUGAGACAAAAAGAAGGAAAGAUGAUUGAGGUGGUGUUGAACGACAGAUUGGGGAAGAAAGUGCGCGUAAAGUGCAACGAAGAUGACACCGUUGGAGACUUGAAGAAGCUUGUUGCUGCUCAGACUGGUACUCGCUCUGAAAAGAUACGAAUUCAGAAGUGGUACACAAUUUACAAGGAUCAUAUCACGCUCAGGGAUUACGAGAUUCAUGAUGGCAUGGGUCUCGAGCUCUACUACAAUUGAUCACCUUCUUCUUCAUGGCUUGCAGCUGGAGCAAGACAUUGUGCAAAAAGGAGGGAUAGUUUCGACCAAGGAUUAAGUAUUGGAAACCUUUGUAUUUUCUAGCAAAACCAAACAAAAAGAAAGUUAUUAAAUCGCGCUUGAGCCUUGAUGUGUAGAUCCUUUUGCAGGUCUCUGUAAACUUUGUUUCAAGAACCACUGUGAAUAAACCAUGCCUAAUUCUGAAACUUUAGUUACUGUUUUCUUGUGAGAUAUAUUUCAGGCCUCAUCCUGUUUAACCAAAUUGUGUGACAAAUUAUUGCAUGACAUUCUUGAUGCAUCGAAGUUGUGUACGGAUACUUGUGUUUAGUGUUCAUGUUUCUUUGUGGUUGA